AUGAUGUUCAACUUACUUACGACCAGAAAACCACUAUCGUCAUUGGCAGUUUCAGUUGAAGAGCUUGGCAAAAUCUGUAAAGGUUUUAAAGCUGUCGCUGAAAAUGAGAAGCAAGACUUCCAAAGAGCAUCUGUGGUCCCCUCCAUCCAGUUCAAUUUGGAGCAAAUGAAGCAAAUGGCCUACUACAUGGUAAAGUUGUUAGAUUACUCUGUUGAAGUCGCAACUAGUGUCAGUUCACUUUACAAACCGGUCGAGACCGAGGUCUUUUCUUCAGCAAAGACCUUCUGUGAAAGAAUGUUGGUAGAGCUACCAGAAAUACAUCAUUUAGUCUUUACGAACUCUGAAGUGGAGUUGGUGAAUGAGUUUAAAAUGUUCUUGGAGAAGUUUUCGGGUGAUUUGAGAUUAUGGAAAGCAAAAAAUCCACAGUUGGCUUUCAUUGCUGAUGUUGUCCUAACUUGGAUAUCGCAAUGGGAAUACUGCCCAUUCAUAAAUUCCUCUACCACUGUCGAGAAGUUAAGCUUAGUUGAAGACGUGGAAAAAUGCAUGAGAGAAGCAUCAAACUCAAUUCUUGUCUCCGUUCAAAACGUUUUAGAACUUGUGAAAGAUGACAUCACUGAUGAAACUGAUGAAUGGCUAGCACUAUCGCAACAGAGACUCUCGAGAUCUAUCAAGCAGUUACAUUUGAAGCAAAUUAUCCGCAGAUUGGAAAACUCAAUGGACCAUAUUCUCAAAAUUGAGCAAAAUUCCCAGUCAUCGAAAUUGAUUUCAGCUCUCGUCGCUUUUACGAUGCCAAUGUUGAUUCAGUAUCAAGCUCUUGUAAUCAAAAUCUUAUCACAAGCAAAAAAUAGUUACGUGGAAAUGGCUAAGCUACCCUUUGCUUUAACUAAAUCUUUGCUUACACUUGCAAAUGAUGGAUUCUGCUCACCAGAACCACCUAAUGAACAGAAGCAAGACAACAACUUGGCAGGACGGAACGGGUUUAGGUGA